CGGCCAAGCCGCCAACUACCGGACAAGCCAAGGCAGCGAUCCCGACAGGCUCACUCCUUAGUCGCGUAUCGAUAGACAGACAGGCAAUAUGGCAACGAAGCGCAUCGAGCAGUGGGAGGUGGAACGAUACUGGGAAAUCUUCGCCUCGCUGUCGAAUGGCGGUACCCACCUCAAUGGCGCACAGGCGGCCUCGGUGCUGAAGAACAGUCAAUUGCGCGACGACCAGCUGGAACGAGUAUGGGAUUUGGCAGAUGUCGAUGGUGACGGCAGCCUGGAUUUCGAGGAGUUCUGCGUCGCCAUGCGCUUGAUCUUUGAUUUGGUCAACGGAGAGUACAUGGACGUCCCAGCAACACUGCCUGACUGGCUUGUCCCCGAGAGCAAAGCACAUUUGAUCCAAGCAUCCCACGCCAUCUCAGGUCGCCAGGCUCAAUUCGAACAAGUCGACGACCUAGAAGACGACACGCCAGGACUCAAAGAUGGUUUCGACUGGUACAUGCCCCCGUCGGACCGCACAAAGUACGAGGAAAUCUACAGCGCAAACCGCGACCCUCGCGAUGGUAGCAUCACCUUCGAAUCUCUCAACCCGCUUUACGAAUCGCUGGACGUGCCCGAUACAGACAUGCGCAGUGCAUGGAACCUCGUCAACCCCCGUAGCGACCCGGCAAUUGGCAAGGACCAAUGCCUUACCUUCCUUCACAUGCUCGCCAACCGCCACGAAGGCUACCGCCUACCUCGCUCCGUUCCUCCCAGUCUGCGCGCCACCUUCGAACAAGGCCGCAUCGACUAUCAAGUCGACAAAGUACAAACCGCCGCCGAUCGUUGGGGGACCAAGCGUGAUGACAGCACCAUGAGCGGCAAGAAGCAGAAGUUCGGCGAUGCAUACCUCAGUCGCUUGGGAGUCGGUGACCGUGGUGCCUACAGACCCAAGGGCACUGAUUUCACUGCCACCCGCACCGAUGCCGAAUGGGAAGAGGUACGCUUGAAGAAGCAACUCAAAGAGCUGGAAGAGAAGAUGGAAAAGGUAGAGGAGCAAGCAAAGAAGCGAAGAGAACGUGGUGGCAGACGCGACGAGAGCAAGCCCGCUUUAGUCAAGCGUGAGCUGGAGCAGCUGUUGGAUUGGAAGCGUCGCGAGCUGCGUGACCUCGAAACAGGCGAGGGAAGAGCAAAGGUGGGCCAGGGCUUGAAGGGCCUCAGCGAUGAGAUUUCCAUGGUCAAAGAGCAGGUUGAUGGUCUCGAGGCUCACCUGAGGAAAAGAGAGGAGGUUCUCAGCGACCUGAGAAAGCAGAUCGACGAUGAGAAGGCGGCGAGAUGAAUUGUAUAUACCCGUGUGUUUAGCAGCCUACCAUGGCACUGCAAGAAGCCGUGUCACCCAAGUCCAAAGUCACUGUAGUGGAACGAAAUAUGUCGACUGUGCAAAUCGAAGAACUGAGAUGUGUAAAU